GUAUCUGAGGCAGUCCGGUCGAACAUCCUACCAGUUGUCUGCCGGCCCUACCGAUAUGUUGAAAAUAGAUAGAGCAGUAAAACCGUGCUUAAAUAGUGUGCUGAUGCUCAUGGUCAUCAUAGGAAAUGUGAUAUGCAAGGAGACAAGGCAAACUCAACUGUUGAAGCAACCGAGGGAGACAAACCCCUUCAACUUUGUAAGACUACUCAUCAUGCGGUUAGUCUACGGAUUUGCUGUCAUGAUGGGAUUUGAGGAAAGUCUGACAGAAGUGGCCAAUGGAGCGUUUGUACCACCUGGAGUAGAUGACGACUACGGAGGACUCGACUACAGCAGGGACUCGGACUAUGCUUACUCAGACAACGACGAUUAUUACUGAUUAAUUGCAAUUUCUAUAUAAAAAAUUACAAAGUAAGAAA